AUGACUGCCACACAGCCAGCGUUGCAAAGGUCUUCGUUGGCCUAUCACAACAGUGGCCCAGUCUUUUCUCCUCCUAACAGUCUCGUCACCGCUGCCCCAAAGCUACACCAAAACAGCCUAUCAUUCAACCAUCAGCGAAGCGAUUCAGUCGCCGCACACGGUGGUCUGCAGACUAGACGACAGUCCCACGAUACUGAUUCACUAUGUGAAAUGCCGAGCAUGUCCCACGAAUGGAUGACAUAUCUUCAAGACCAUAAGAUGGACGGACAGGGUUUGGGUAUGGAAACGCCCCCCUUGAUCGAAUCGGAUUUCAACUUGUGUCGGGAUCCAGCGAUGGACAACAUGCAUGAGCACAACAUGAUGAUCGAGCUGAUACACCAAGACCAUCAGGAGGAAUGGAACUCCGGUCCACCUGAGCUUGAGGCGUACACAGACCCAAUCGUGCCUCCGAACCCGGCUCCGUUGAAAGCCCGAAAGCUGACCAGCCCGGACUGCGACGACUACCCCUAUGGCCAUACCAGGCGGUCAUCACCCACAUCGACGCAACCCGCCGAGUCAGCGAGAUCUUGCAUACAAGAGCUCGCCCAAUUCAACGAGAUGUUACUGCGCGACAAAUGCAGCCUUGAAGAUGCGUCGACGCGGAGAGGAUACAAAGACAGUUGGCUCUCCAUCGGGCGGACACUGCAUCACUGUCAGGAAUUUUUUUCGAUCCUCAAGCGUAUCAAAUAUUCACGCCCCGAUUCGCACUUGAGCGCAGACCGGGCGAGGUCACUGUGGUCGGUCCUGCCGGAGGGCAGCAGGCUGGUCGACGGCGCGCCGACGGACUCCCAGCAGGCACGACGAAGCCUGGGAAGUGGCGCAACGCCCUGCUCCUUGUCCCCGGUCAGAUCCUCUUCGACAUCGUCGACAGCGCCGACCUCGUAUCUCGACUUGUCGACUUUGUUGUCGAUCCUCUUCUGCUACACCUAUAUUCUCCAAGCAUACGAAGACAUUCUUACAUCGAUCCUCCACGCGGUCACUCGACCUACUCCGACUAUACCGCCCACAUUAAGUGGGCUCCGUAUCGACGGGUUCCAGCUUGAUGGUCACCACACGCUUCAGCUGGAAUGUCUCAUGCAUGUGAGCUACAACCUUCUCGAGAAGGUUGAGAACAUAUUGUUCGGGUCGGCAGGAUACGAGGAACUGUCAAAUCCGGUGAAAUGUGGCAUGCUUGGAGACAAACUGUCCGCUGGUUUGAUUGACGCGCUAUUCGAGCACAAUGAAACAAACAGCCUCUUGCACUGCCAGGGAAAGAGAGAGGUGGCUGCCAAAAGAUUGAUUCGGGAGAUUCAGGCUGCACUCAAACAGCUUGAUCUUUGA